AUGUCUCAAAUAGUGUUUGACGUUUCUUUCUAUGUUUGGUCAUUUGUCCAGGCUUUUUACUCCUUUUUUUUUCAAAGAUUCGCAUAUACGUUAUUUCUUUCUUUCUUUUUUUCUUCUGUCGGUCAAUUACUGUUUAUUUCUUUUGCUUUUAUACCCAGGUUCUUUCCUUCUUUUCCCACUGCUUUAUUUCUUUUUUGUUUGUUCAUUUGUGCAGUCGUUUGUUCAGGUUCUUUCAUUUUUCUUCUUUCCGUUUUUUUUUUCGUUCUUUUCUCAAUCAUUUAUUCUUUCUUUCUUUCUUUCUUUCUUUCUUUCUUUCUUUCUUUCUUUCUUUCUUUUUUUCUUUUCUUUUCAACUUAUUUAGUCGUUUGUUCGGGCGCUUUCAUUUCUCAUCGUUUUUUUUUUUUGUUUUUUCUUUCUUUCUUUAACUUUUCCUUCACUGUUUGUCUCACUCAUUUAUUCUUUCCCGUGUUUUUGUUUGUUUAUGUAUUUCUUUUUCCUAUUCUUUCUUUCUUUUCUUUUUCUUGGAUAUUUAUCCUUUCUAUGUUUCUUUCUUUAGUCUUGUUUUAUUUCUUUCUUUCUUCCUGUUUUUCUUCUUUUUUUCUUCCGUCACUUGUCCAGUUUCUUUCUUUCUUUCUUUUCUUCCGUCAUCUGUCCAGGUUCUUUUUUCUUUCUUUUCUUCCGUCAUUUGUCCAGGUUCUUUCUUUCUUUUCUUCCGUCAUUUGUCCAGGUUCUUUCUUUCUUUCUUUCUUUCUUUCUUUCUUUCUUUCUUUCUUUCUUUCUUCCGUCAUUUGUCCAGGUUCUUUCUUUCUUUCUUUCUUUCUUUCUUUCUUUCUUUCUUUCUUUCUUUCUUUCUUUCUUUCCACGGCAUUGAUCUUGUUUCUUAACUGUCUCUCCCAUACAUUCUUUCUACAUUCAUUUUUCAAGUUCUUUCUUUCCUUACUUUAUCUUUCUUUCUUUCUUUCUUUCUUUCUUUUCAGCUUUCUUUCUUUAUUCCUUCUUUCGGUUCUUCUGUCUUUCUUUCUUUCUUUCCAUCGUUCUUUCUUUUCUUUUCUUCUUUCUUUCUUUCUUUCGUAUUUCCUUCAUUUUUACUUCAUCAGGUCAUUUCUUUCUUUCUUUCUUUCUUUCUUUCCUUCUUUCUUUAUUUCUUUCUUUCUGAUUGAUUUGUUUAUGUUCCUCCUUCCUUUCCUUGUCUUUAUUUAUUUAAUUUUUUCUUUCUUUCUUUCUUUCUUUCUUUCUUUCUUUCUUUCUUUCUUUCCAUCGUUCUUUCUUUUCUUUUCUUCUUUCUUUCUUUCGUUCUUUCUUUCUUUCUUUUUUUAG